UGGUAUCAUCAUGUCACUAGUUUUUAAAUAACUGUCCUUUUAGUCUAAAGUAGAGUAGUUCAGAAAAAUGAAAUCAAGCCAGCCAAAUUGCUAUCCAUCUUCCUCAAUGCGUCUCGCUAUUCACCUUUUAAGUCUUGUUACAUGUCUUAUUACCCCUUCUGCUUCGUAUGGAGGAAACGAGACUGAUCAUCUGGCGUUGUUGUCGUUUAAGUCGAUGAUCACUCAUGAUCCCUACGGAGCUCUAACGUCAUGGAACACUUCCCUUCAUUUCUGUGAUUGGAACGGUGUUUUAUGUGGGAAGAAGCACAAAAGAGUGAUUCGUUUACGACUGUAUUCCCAAGGUCUAGCUGGCUAUUUGUCUCCUCAUGUAGGGAAUCUCAGUUUCCUUCGUUACCUUGUAAUCGACAACAACACCUUUCAAGGAACCAUCCCUCCUGAACUCGGUCGUUUAUCAAGGCUAAGUUUACUCAACCUUGAUCGUAACAGAUUUGAGGGAGUUAUUCCAACUAACUUGUCCGGUUGUUAUAACCUUGAUACGCUUGUGAUUUCUGACAACAGGUUAGUUGGAAGCAUACCCAUGGAGAUCGGUUUCCUCUCAAAACUUGCUUUUAUUGUUGUUCAUGGAAAUAACUUAACUGGCGGAAUCCCACCUUUCUUGGGUAAUCUUACAUUAAUUGAAUCAUUCUCAGCCACAAGAAAUCCUUUUGGUGGGAACAUUCCAGACACCUUAGGCAAUUGGAAAAGGUUAAAAGAACUUUACUUAGGUGUAACCAACUUAAACGGAACCAUCCCUGAUUCCAUUUAUAACCUCUCGCUUUUAACCGAUCUCUCAUUGCCUGACAAUCAACUUACUGGUAGUCUUCCCUCAACCAUGGGUACAACGCUCCCUAAUCUUGUCCGCCUUCAGUUAAGCAAUAACCAACUCACCGGACUUCUUCCACUCUCGCUAUCUAAUUGUUCAAAACUAGGAUAUAUUGAAAUGAGUGAAAAUAAGUUUAAUGGGAAGCUAGCAAUUGACUUUGCUAAACUUAAAGAUAUGUACCAAAUAACCUUAGUGGGAAACCUUUUCGGAAGCGGCGAAGCUGAUGAAAUGAAGUUUAUUGAUUCUUUGAAAAACUGUAGCAUGUUACAGAUACUGGAUCUUGGUUACUGCCAAUUUCGAGGAGUGCUCCCAAGUUCAAUCGGUAAUCUUUCUGACCAACUCUAUUAUCUAUCUUUUGGCGAAAAUCAGCUAUAUGGAAACCUUCCCUCAAGUAUAGGUAAUCUAGUUGGCCUAACCAACUUAUAUUUAGGUGUUAACCGAUUCGUAGGAAAAAUUCCCUUUACAAUUGGUAAUCUUAAAAAUCUAGGAGUUGCUAGUUUAUCAAGGAACCAAUUUGUAGGUUUGAUUCCGGAUUCCAUCGGAAAUUUAUCGUCGUUGCUUGAACUUUCUUUAAACUCUAACGAAUUGGAAGGGCGUAUUCCGUCAAGCCUAGGAAAUUGUCGCAAACUAUUAAAGGUAUUCCUUGGUGACAAUAAACUGAGUGACACAAUACCUAAAGAGCUUCUUCAACUUUCAUCUCUAUCCAUAAUAUUAAACCUUUCUCACAACAACCUGUUUGGGUCACUUCCGACUGAGGUUGGAGAUCUUAAGAUGCUAACUUAUCUCGAUUUAUCUCAUAAUAAUUUAUCAGGGAACAUUCCUAGUAGCCUCGGUAGUUGCACUAGCCUUUUGUUCUUAUCACUCAAAGGAAACUUAUUUCAAGGCAUGAUACCACCAUCGUUAAGUUCCGUGAGAGGAGUGGCUAGACUUGAUCUUUCUUAUAAUAAUUUAUCCGGCCAAAUUCCUCGAUUCUUGGAACGUUUUUCGUUAGAAUAUUUGGAUUUAUCCUUUAACGAUUUUGAGGGUGAAGUACCGAUUGCAGGAGUGUUUGCCAAAGCAAAUGCCUUCUCGAUUUUGGGGAAUAGUAGGCUUUGUGGUGGCGUAGUUGAACUCGGGUUACCCAAAUGCAAGGAGAUGAAGAAACCUAAGAAAAAGCUUCCUUUGGUAAUCGUAUUAGUUUUUUCGAUUGGAUUACUUUGUAUUGUACUAUGGUUUGCGUACGCUUGGUCUAAGAAGAAAACCAAGGGCCAACAGCCUCAAUCAUCAACAAACGAACCGUUCUCGAACAUAACGUAUAGUCAGCUUCUCAAGGCUACAGAUGGAUUCUCCGAAUCCAAUUUGCUUGGCACGGGGGGUUUCAGCUCUGUUUAUAAAGGAAUCCUUGAUGAUUAUGGUGGAAUGGUUGCGGUCAAAGUUGUACAUCUACAAAUUCAAGGAGCUGAGAGAAGCUUUAUUGCAGAGUGCGAAGUAUGGCGGAGUAUUCGACACCGGAAUCUUUUGAAGAUAAUAACUUUAUGUUCAAGUGUUGACUUUCAAGGCAAUGAUUUCAAAGCUUUGGUUUACGAGUUCAUGCCUAAUGGGAGUUUACAUGACUGGUUGCAUUCAAGUGCAAGAAAGUCUAGACUCGACAUUCUUACAAGAAUACGUAUUCUCAUUGAUGUCGCGUGUGCACUUGAUUAUCUUCAUAAUCACUGCCAGCCAACCAUUGUUCACGGUGACUUGAAGCCUAGUAACAUUUUACUUGAUGAUGAUAUGGUGGCCCAUGUUGGAGACUUUGGUUUAGCUCGAUUUCUUGGAACAGAUUCAAAUAAAAACAACUCUUUAGCUAUUAAAGGAACCAUCGGGUAUGCAGCUCCAGAGUAUGGUCUCGGGAGUGAGAUGACAACUAGUGGGGAUGUCUAUAGUUUUGGAAUAUUAUUAUUGGAGGUGAUGACAAGGAAAAGGCCAACAGACGACAUCUUUAACGAUGGCCUUAACCUUCAUCAUUUUGUGUACAUGGCCUUGCAAGAAGACCAUGCAACUGAUGUUAUUGAUGGUGACCUUCUAAAUUAUCAUCUAGAUGUUGAAAUUGAUAGUGACCUAAAUUAUGAUGAAGACGAUGAAAUUGCCAAGAAAGGUAAGACAACAAACACAAAGAUGAUAGAGGAAUGCAUGACUCCAAUUUUGAAGAUUGGAGUAUUAUGCUCACUAGAUUCCCCACCACAACGGAUGCAUAUCAAAAAUGUUGUCCACGAGUUGCAGCGUACUAUGGAUACACUUCGAAACGCUUGAGGUGCCUUUGUUCUUGAUCUCCUGCUUUUUCUUUGAGUAUUAAUGGAAAUAGACAAGUCUUUUUAUUGUGGUUACUUCAUGUUGUAGUCAUGGCAAGAGACUCAAAUUAAAUAGUUAAAAUCAUUCCAUGUUCAUGAGUACUAAGCAUUGUGUUCUUACUUUAGAUAGCAUGAUUGUCAAUAUCAGUGGCGGAACUAGACCUUCAACUCAGGGGUAUCCCAAAAUUUUUUAGGGGUGUCCUCGUACUUGUUCAGGGGUGUCCUGUGUAUAAAAAUCGGAAAA